AUGCCAGGAAUUGGCACGCGGACCUAUCCAAAUCUCCAAGUGUACUGUAAAAAAUUUGACUUAAAGAGUUACGACACCUUUUUGAUCUUGACCGCUACGAGGUUUACACAGUUUGAUCUCGAGCUUGCGCUGAAAAUCAAAUCUAUGGGAAAAUCGUUCUUUUUAAUACGGACAAAAAUUGACGUAGAUGAAGAUAACGAGAAACGUAAGAGAAAACCUAAUAUCGAAGAGAUGUUACGCAAAAUCCAAGCUAAUUGUUAUGAAAACGUAAAAGAUCUUGGCAUUUCUAAUGACGAGAUCUUCCUUAUUAGUAAGCACGAUACAAAUAAAUGGGAUUUUGUGCGCCUGGUCCAAGCCGUCUUAGAGAAGUUGUCUGCCCAUCAGAAGGAGGGUCUAAUCCUUGCGUUGUCGUUGAAGCAAUUAUCUAAAGAUAUUGUGAAAAGAAAAGUUGAAGUUUUACGAA